UUUCCAAGCGCCGGCGGCCUCGCCGCUUCCUCUCCUUGUUUUGCUUUCGGUCUGGACCUUUCCGCGCCCGGGCGGCGGCAGUUAACUUUUAGUUUUGCUCCCGCGAUUAUUCAGCGCCUGUUUUCAUUUCCAUUUCGCGUCCCCUGGCAACGGCGGUAACCUUCAGGAAUUAUAUAAGGGCCGCGGAAACGGGCCGGCAAGCUCCUUCCUAGGUGGGUGACAAUGCCUGUCGAAAGGAUGCGGAUGCGCCCCUGGCUGGAAGAGCAAAUCAACUCUAACAUGAUACCGGGGCUGAAAUGGCUAAAUAAGGAGAAGAAGAUUUUUCAGAUUCCCUGGAUGCAUGCCGCAAGACAUGGGUGGGAUGUUGAAAAAGAUGCUCCCUUAUUUAGAAACUGGGCCAUUCACACAGGAAAAUACCAGUCAGGAGUAGAUAAACCUGAUCCAAAGACGUGGAAGGCAAACUUCCGUUGUGCUAUGAACUCUCUGCCUGACAUAGAAGAAGUGAAGGACAAAAGUAUAAAGAAAGGAAACAAUGCCUUCAGGGUGUACCGGAUGCUGCCAUUAUCUGAAAGACCUUCCAAAAAAGGAAAAAAAACAAAGUCUGAGAAGGAUGACAAAUUCAAACAAAUUAAGCAAGAGCCAGUUGAAUCAUCUUUUGGGAUUAAUGGGCUAAAUGAUGUCACUUCUGACUAUUUCCUGUCCUCCAGUAUAAAAAAUGAAGUUGACAGUACAGUGAACUUUGUAGUUGUAGGACAGCCGCACCUUGAUGGCAGCAGCGAGGAGCAGGUGAUAGUUGCCAAUCCUCCUGAUGUUUGCCAGGUAGUAGAGGUGACAACAGAAAGUGACGAACAGCCCCUCAGUAUGAGCCAGCUGUACCCCCUACAGAUCUCCCCCGUCUCGUCCUAUGCAGAAAGUGAAACUACCGAUAGUGUUCCAAGUGAUGAAGAAAAUGCAGAGGGACGACUUCAUUGGCAGAAGAAAAACAUUGAAGGCAAACAGUAUCUCAGCAAUCUGGGCAUGAGGAACACUUCUCAUAUGCUUCCCAGCAUGGCAACUUUUGUAUCCAACAAGCCUGACCUCCAAGUCACCAUCAAAGAAGAAAGCUGCCCACUGCCUUACAACAGCUCCUGGCCCCCUUUCCCAGACAUCCCUCUGCCACAAGUAGUGUCCACAGCCUCCACGAGCAGCAGCCGGCCAGACCGUGAGACACGGGCCAGCGUCAUCAAGAAAACGUCAGACAUCACCCAGUCGAGAGUCAAGAGCUGCUAAGCCAUUGGCGGUGUGGUUUUUUAGCUUUGUUUUGGUUGGUUUUGUAUUUUACGUUUCUCUAGGAGAGGUUCAUCCCUUGACGCACACGAGACAAAUCUAAGGUAAAGCCUUGGCAAUAUAAAACAUUGCUGUGUCCGACUCCAGUGCCGGAGUGUUUUUAACUCAGGACUCCAGCCGUCAGUAUGUACACCUGAACCCAGGCGGACUUCCAAGGUUGCUACAUAGGAAAAAAGCCCAAGAGCUUUGGCCCACUCGCAGGUUCCAGUGUUUCAUAAGAGGACCAACUGACCACAAGGGAAGUGGUGCUGCUGCGCUUCUUGCUGUCAAGGCUGUGAUGGAACUGAAAGCCUCAGAAUGGAAGAGAAAAUGUGAACUAGCUGGAAUAUUUUUAAAUAAAGAAAAAUCUAUUGUGAAUAUUGUACAUAGUGCAGUACUAGCAACGUUGCAGUCUGCUUCUGCACCUUAUUAAGAAAGCACUUACGAAAGGCCUUUUAUUACCUUGCUCUACUUAAUGGCACAUUGAAGGUCCCUCCCCACCUGUAUUCUUUUCCACGGCUAUUCUUGCUAAAGUGUCUUUAAAGAAUAGAGGAAAGGAAAGGAAGUUAAAACUUCCCAUGUGGGUUUCAUACAUUUUAAGACUGCUUUUCUCAUGUUUGUUUCUAAUCUGCUAUGCUUGAAUGCCGCGUGGUACAAUAGGAAAAAAAAAAAAGAAACCUAUUA